UGCUUUCAGUCCUGCCGAACUGAACGAUGCGUAAUGCGCGUAGAGGGGAUCGAAACGCACUGCAAGUACCAUAAUGCCAGCUAAAGAUCCUCUCAUUGAGACCCUUAAAGUGUGCAUUCUGAAUUUGAAGUCUGAGGGUACAGUGACAGACUCCAGCCCACACCUGGUGUCCUGCUGUGAACUCCUGGAGCUUAUAUUGCGAAAGGGACUUCAGCAACCAGUUCUGAGUUUGGCACAUAGAGAUUACUGGCAGUGUUUUAAACAGCUAAUACAGCACGACACAUGUGGCCGGCUGAGUUCAGUCUCUUUGGCAGUGCAACAGACAGCAGGCUGCUGCAAGAUUAUUACCUCUCAGGGCCGAGGACGCUUCUUUAUACGGCUGAUGCUGAUGAAAAGAACUCUGGGAAAUGUAGUGAAACAUCUACUCCACACGAACAGAGUGAUGGAGUGGUAUUGCCCCAACGUUGCUAUAUUAAGAAAUGAAGAGUUUGUAGAACCAUUUAUCUCACUGUCUAUGGUAUUGUCAGAAAUGGAGUUUAAGCUCAAUAUUGAGAACUGCAGCUUCCUGGAUGAAAGCUGGCUGCUUCCGGUGUGUCAAAUCUAUGAAGCUGUUCCAUGCCAGGAGUUGGGCAUGGUGCUCAGGUACAUCAAUGGACGUGUUUUUGUGCUUGACCUGCUGAAGGACAGUCAAGCACAGGCAGACAUGUUUGUAGAGCCUGGUGACAUCAUUGAUGGAAUCAAUGGAAUAUCUCUGAGGAAUGCCAGCAAUGGACAGGCAGGUGUGGUUUUCUCUAAGCUGAAGGGUCAGCCUCUUUCCAUUCGGUUGAUACGAUGGAGAGCAGAAAAUGGGUCCAUCUAUCAACCUUUGCUUAAACACUUACGGCAGCUUAAAGAGGAAAACACAUCACUUCAGUUCGGCCCGAAAUCGAUGUCUCAUAAAACCGUGGGUCAGAAAAGAGGGCAAACUCCCUGUGUAAAAGAAGGCAGGAUCCUGUAUGCUGUGCAGCUCUUAGGAAAAGCAAACAUAGGAAUGUAUGGAGGAAAAGAGGUUUUGCAGCACGCCAUUCCUGUUGUCCUGCAGUGCAAGCAGGAUAGAAAGGAAGUACUUCUGGAUGUAAAGGAGACUCACCUUACCUGCACUGAUAAAACCAGUCAGCAGAAUCUGUGUCAGCAUCAUUUCCCAGAAAUAUCAUGUGUUGGGAGGUUUGGAAACCAACCUGAUUUAACCAUUUUUGCCUUCUGUGUAUUAGAUACACCAGAAACAGAAAGACCAAUGGGUUUCUGUUGUGUGGUCCUUCAGGCGGCUACAAGUAGCGAGUGUGAAGAAAUUGUUAAUCGUAUCGCUGCUGGGUUCAAACAUACAGAAUGGUUUGUGUGAGGAACAUCAUCACUUUAGUGGAUUGGAGUUUUAAUUUGUUAAAGAAAGUUUCUUGUUUGUAUUAUCAUAUUUUACAUAUGGAUAUUGUAAAAAACUGUAAUAUUCUGUAUCUGCGCAAUGCUUUUUUGGAAGAAAUACAUAAAACAGAAUCUGUGUCGUCCCUUUUUGUUUUGAUUUGACAUAAGAAAACUACUCUUGCACAGACCCUGUUGUUCUCACUAAUAGUAUUAUAAUUAUUCAAAAAUCUUU